AUGCGAGGAAUCCAGAUCAAAGAAUAUGUCAAAGGGCCAUCCGACCUGAAAGUCCAGGAUCUUCCUGACCCAGUCCCCUCAAAAGACCAAUAUCUAGUCGGAAUUCACGCCUCUGCUACCAACUUCUUUGACCUCCUCCAAAUCGCCGGCAAAUACCAGCACCAACCCCCUCUUCCCUGGAUUUCCGGCUCCGAAUUCGCCGGCGUAAUCAUCUCCAGGCCCACCUUCUCCAAAUCACCUAAAUACAAGGUUGGAGACCGAGUCUUCGGCGCCUCACAAGGUGGCUACGCAACGAAAGUUGCUGCUACAGAGCAAGCUCUCAAGCCUGUGCCGAAAGGAUGGAGUUUCUUCGAGGCAGCAGGUCUAUUCGUUACUGCACCAACAAGUUACGGCGCUCUGGUUACGAGGGCUGGCGUGAAGAAGGGGGAUUAUGUGCUGGUUCACGCGGCGGCUGGUGGAGUUGGACUUGCCGCGGUGCAGAUAGCGAAGGCGUUUGGAGCGACGGUCAUUGCUACUGCUGGGACGGAACAUAAACUCGAAGUAGCGAAGUCGUUUGGGGCGGAUUAUGCGGUCAAUUAUACGGAUCCUAAGUGGCCCGAGAUGGUCAGGAAGAUUACGCCGAAAGGACGAGGUGUCGAUAUUGUGUUUGAUCCGGUGGGCAUGAUUGACAAGAGUACGAAGUGUAUAGCGUGGAAUGGUCGCUUGUUGGUUAUUGGGUUUGCGGCAGGGUCUAUUGAGAAGGUGGCUAUGAAUAAGGUGCUGCUGAAAAAUAUCAGCAUUGUUGGGCUGCAUUGGGGUGCUUAUACCCUAAAUGAGCCCGAGAUGAUCGAGCCUGUCUGGGACGGGUUGUUCAAGUUGAUCGACGAAGGGAAGUUCAGAGGGACUGUUUUCACGGAUAAGGAGUUUGUUGGGCUCGAGAGUGUACCUGAUGCCUUGAAGAGCUUGGGAAGUAGAGGGACAUGGGGCAAGGUCGUGGUCAAAGUGCCACAAGAAGGACAGAGUAAGUUGUAG